UCGGUGACAGUUGGGUGUGUGUUGUUUAUCGUUCUAUUCCAACUUCUUGCGACACUGAUACAGUUUGGUUUUAGUUUGAAUAUUUAUUUCUAAAUAUGAAUAUCUUUCUGACUGGGUUUUAUGUUCUGACUUUGUUGUGCGCUGUCCUGUUUGUGUAUACCAAGACGUCGCUAAAACCCGUCAACGAUGUCGGAUUCCUGGGAUUUCAGCGAACUUACCUGUUUGUGUACCUGCUGGCUAUGGGUGGCGACUGGCUGCAAGGCCCACAUGUGUACGCCCUGUAUGAGAGUUACCACAUGUCAACACACCAGAUUGAAAUCCUCUUUGUAGCCGGCUUUGGCUCCAGCAUGAUUGUCGGCACCAUUGUGGGCUCGUUUGCUGAUAAGUAUGGACGCAAAUUGAAUUGUAUCAUAUAUGGUGUUUUGUAUGGAUUGGCCUGUAUUACAAAGCAUUUUGACAGUUUCUGGAUCCUGAUGUUGGGACGUCUUCUAGGGGGAACUGCAACGUCUAUUCUGUACAGUGCAUUUGAGUCUUGGCUCGUGUAUGAACACCAUCAUAGAAAGUACGACUCUGAACUGUUGGGUAACAUCUUCAGUCAUGCCAUCUUGGGGAACUCGCUGGUUGCCAUAGUAGCAGGUCUAGUUGCACAGUUCUUUGCAGACCGUUUCGGUUUUGUGGCUCCGUUUGACGUGUCUCUGACGGUUCUCAUCACAAUGAUUGUAAUCGUGUAUCUCACCUGGACAGAAAACUACGGGGACCAGUCUGUCAACAUCAGCCAGUCAUUCAAGAAUGCCUUCACUGCAAUCAGAACAGAUCACAAAGUUUUGUGUUUGGGAGCCAUCCAGUCAUUGUUUGAAGGUUCUAUGUAUGUGUUUGUUCUCGAGUGGACGCCAGCGCUAACCCCUGCCCCUCCACAAGUCAGCAGUCAGCGCAAUCUGUUGGAGGAUGACAAACAAAUGGAGGACGGACACAGGGGAACCAUCCCUCAUGGUCACAUAUUUGCUGCGUUUAUGGUUGCUGUGAUGUUGGGCUCGUGUAUAUUUAAACUGCUGUCCAGAUACACAUCCAUAGAAUCGUUCAUGAGACCAGUUCUGUUGGUGUCUGCUUUAUCCUUGCUAAUGCCAAUCCUAUUUCCAGGGAAUCAGCUGAUCAUCUUCAUCGGCUUUCUCGUUUUCGAGAUGUGUGUUGGAUUAUUCUGGCCAUCUCUGGGAACCAUGAGAGGGAAAUAUGUUCCUGAAGAAACUCGUGCAACUGUGAUGAAUUUUUUUCGUAUUCCUCUCAACAUGAUUGUUAUAUUCAUAUUAUUACAGAAUCUCCCACUAAAGGUCAUAUUCCAGUGCUGUGUGUUUUUCCUCAUAAUGGCAGCAGUGUUUCAGCAGUGGUUAUACAACCUUUUGUCGCGCUGGAAGAGAACACAGGGAGUGCUGAGAGUAUAGCAAUUUGCCACGUGUGAGCUCUGGGAGUGACAAGAGUCCGGUUGGGCAGCUAAAGGCAGCCAUUGAGAAGGAUCUGAUUGUGUCUGUGGGAGACGAGGAGGAACAGAUCUAGUGGACGGCAUGCGGACUGUUGGACCACACUGUAGAAUAGGACUACACAAUGUACAUGUAGUCACUGCGGGAAUUCGUCAUGGUGAUGACAAACAGAACUUGUAUCAUAUUUACUAGUGUAGUCUGUGAUUUGUAAAAAACACUAAAUUCAUGUCUGUUCAGUGAAUACCACCAGGCGUUUACUUCUAGACUAGUAAUUACUCAGAUGUCAUCAUGACCCAGUGACUGCUGAUGUGUAAUGAAGGACAUAUCAGAGAGCAUUUUUCAUUUGUCUUGGGGUUUCAGGCUCUGUGUUGUGCAGGCAUACACCAUAAAGGUUGGGCUUAAGUUUAAAUAAUCUUUAAGUGAUUGUCUAUGUAUGUUGUCUCAGACCUGUGGUGCUGAAACCAUCAGACUUGAGGCUGGUAGGUACUGGGUUCACAUCCCUGUCCACUCCCACAGAGUUUGUGUCUCAGUGAGGUGUGUAAGGCCGCUACUCCGACUUUUCUCUCACUAACCACUGUACUAGACAAACAACCCACAUGGUUGAGCUGUGAGCCCCGGACAGCGUGCUUGAACCUUAAUUAUAUAUAAGCAAAGAAAUAGAUUAAAAUGAAAAGUUAAAGAAAUGACAUUUAUGGACAUCAGUUACCAAUAUUUUACCCUGUUGUCUCUCUCAGCUGAUUUCCUGGAGAUAGCCAGUGGGCUGGGGUGAUGAUUAGCUCUGUGGGUGUAUGUGAUGCUGUGUAAUCACUCUGGAUAUACAGGUAGGUUGUCGGGUGGCGAGUGCCUGUUGUCAGGAAUUGAGUGUUUGUUGUCAGGAGGCGAGUGCCUGUUUGUUAUAACCACUACCUUCCAGGUGUAGUCUCCACUGUAUAUGUCACUUUAACAGCUUUUUAGUUCUGUCAUCUUUACAUAUCACUGUCACAGCUUGUUAGUUCUGUCAUCUUUACAUAUCACUGUCACAGCUUGUUAGUUUUGUCAUCUUUUGAUAUAACUGUCACAGCGUGUUAGUUUUGUCAUCUUUACAUAUCACCGUCACAGCUUGUUAGUUUUGUCAUCUUUAUAUAUUACUGUCACAACGUGUUCUGUCAUCUUUACAUAUCACUGUCACAGCUUGUUAGUUUUGUCAUAUUUAUAUAUCACUGUCACAGCUUGUUAGUUUUGUCAUAUUUAUAUAUCACUGUCACAGCUUGUUAGUUUUGUCAUAUUUAUAUAUCACUGUCACAGCUUGUUAGUUCUGUCAUCUUGUUGAGAGUGCUCAAACGAAUUGGAGGGCUCAAAAUGGUGGCCUGUGAAAAGCAAAAGCAGUCCAUUUUGUAGACCUAGCAGGUGAACUUAAAAAGGCCCCUGCUAAAAUUACCAAAAAGUUGCAGGUAAUUUUUCAAGAGACAGAUGUAUGUACGAUCAUCUAAUCUUCUAUUUAGCUGAAGCUGAGCUUUUGAUUCUGUUAUAUUUUAAUUUUAUAAUGCUCCAAAAUUCAUCUCAUAGGUCCUAAUUUUCCACACUGUCAGUGCACACAUACAUGACUCAACUCGAACUCGGCGAUGCUACAUGUGGCAAGGUAUCAGUGUUCCUGUGGCUUGCCAGUCCUGUUGCAUAUGCAAGCAACAGAGCUUUCAUGAUGCAAAUAAACUUUAUUCCCCAGUCCCAUAUUUGGAAAACAUAUGGAGAAAGUAACUACCUUGCAUUUCCAAUAAUAAUGCAUCCUAAUUUAGAAACAAUAAUAAAGGAAAAAUAAAUAAAUAUCUGAAAUGAAAUUGUGGACAAAGCCAAAAUAAUUUUGUUAUGAUGUCCUAUGGUGAACUAUAGUUUUUGUGAGUUUUUGCUUUCUUUUUGUACAAUAUAAAUACUAAAUAUGUCUCGAUCAUGAUAUUCAUGAAGAGUGAAAUGUUUUAUAGGUUUUGUUAAUGUUGAUAAAACUCGGUCAGUUUAGUCAUUUACUUGUCCAUCAUUGUGCAUCAUCUGUGCAUCAUUGUGCAUCAUCUGUCCAUCAUUGUGCAUCAUCUGUGCAUGUCACACAACAUAGAAUGACUUCUAUUCUUUUCCACACGUGUUUCUGGUUUUGUGGUGUUACUUCGAUCUCAUACACACGGGGCCACUUCCUUAAAAUGUUGCUUGGCAUGUUGCUGUGGCUUGUUGCCUCAAUAUAAACUGCAAUCGUCCAUUGUGCAUGCACUCUUGUUGCCUUGAUUAUUCCAUGACAUGUAUUGCCCGAUUCUUGUGGGUAAUGUCCACCAUUUUCAAUCUGUUGUAUAUGGGAACAGAAUUGACAAGCUUGCUUUUCAAUGAAAUGAAUGGUUUAGAUGUUAAACUUAAAGAAACAUUGAUCUAAAAAU